GUCGCUUUGCACAGAGGGUGUCAUCAAGUCGCACUGACAGCUUCCGUGUGUGGAUUGAAAAGAAAGGAAUAAUACGUGGAUUUGCGCAGCAGAUCAAAUUGGUUUGUGCUCUAUUAGGCUGGAAAUAGACGAACCGAGAUCGUCCCGGUGCCAAAGAACAAGAAGUAGAAGAGAUUCUGAGAUUAUAGAUCAUUGUAUCUGCUUUCUUACAAUUGAACAAAAUGGAGAGUCUGGCAAAAACAACCGACGAAUGCAAAAUGGAGAGUCUGGCAAAAGCAACCGACGAAUGCAACGAACAGCUAAAAGCGAGCUCACUGCAAGAUAAGCCAAGCCCGAGUCGGAAGCAGGAAGCAGUUUCAGUAGGCAGUGGAGAUCAACACAAAAGAGAUCAAAUGAACGGUUACAAUACUUUGAAACAGAUUGAAAAAAAGCAUCGAGCUGAGCGUUUCAGUCUGGGAGAUUUGAAAAAGGAAUACAGCACGGUGUUCGAACAAACUGUGCAGCUGUGUGGAACGCAAGUACCCUUCGGUAAAUUGUUUGAAAUCAAUUUAAAGAAGAAUUAUGAACUUUGCUAUUGUAAUUGUAAUGAAGGGGAUACAGAGGUCAGUUUGAGCGUUGCACUUAGGAUUUUAGACAAAUUCAUCGUAAAUCCGACUGAAAAUGAAGCAGAUUUUAUACGGGAUGAGCACAUAUUUGUACAGCGAACAUUAACUCGAGCAGAUAAUGGAAGAUAUUUGUCGUGCAAUGUUGAGGAUUUGUUCAAGGAGUUUAAAAAAGGUUACUCUACGGAAUGGGACUAUAGUUUCUUGAGCCAGUAUGACAAAAAAUCGAAAGACUACGUACCUGUGCAGAAGUAUAACGACACUUUCUCCUAUGUUAAGGAGGAAUGGCUAAGGAGUAAACCGCUACAGCCGCAGGUUGAUUAUGAAUAUAGCGAAGAAAAUUUACAUGAGCUGUUGGAUGAUGACCACAUCCCAAUGUUGCUUAUCAUGGGUCCGGCCGGCAGUGGCAAGAGCACCUACCUACGCUGGUUGGCGCAAUAUAUCGAGCAGUACAAUCCCGCCUGGUGGGUGGUACGAUUCAGUGUAACCGAACAUUCGUGUUAUCUAAGCGCCAUUUUGAAGGGAAUGCAGUCUGAAACUGGUAACAACUGGAAGGCACAGCAGCAAGCGAUACAAACGUUAUUUCGUAUUUAUUUUUACGUCCACUUGGUCGCAAGUGGUGAACGGCAUGGUAAACGGCAAGCGCUCAGUGACGCCGAACAAUUAGCAGAUCAAUGUUGCAGCUUUUUACGCUUUGGGGGUGAAAAAUUAUAUCUGAAUGAAUGUUCGUGUCCGUUACCAUUCGAGCAAACAGUAAUGCUACGCCUGUUUGUGGAGAAAUUUAACGCAAAUGAACUGUGGCUGCUGUUCGAUGAAUUCAACGAAUUGCCGCAAGGUGAUAAGGCUUUAGUAUGGAACAUGUUCAAUGCCCUACAAAAUGUUACCACUAAAAAGACGAUGCGAGGACUGUACGUCACAUCUCGUACGGAGGAGCCCGGUAAUUUGUUUCGACGCCAGACGCUGUACCUCAAGCCGUACUCAGUCGCGGAUCAGAUCGCACACAUUAACAAGCUGUUGGAUAACAUUGACUUCUGUGUCUCGUUAUCAGUGGAGCAGCGAGAAGAACUGUCCCUCACAUUCUAUUCACUAACUGGUCGGCUUGUAUCGUACUACAACUCGAUCUUAGCAGAGCCACUGUUCUUGGAAAUGUUCUGCCGACUAUGGAGUGUCGCAAUGCCCUAUAUGUUGCAGUUGGAAAAUUUUACCAUUUCGCGGAAGUUAAUAGACCUCCUAACUGAGCCUAGAAAUUUAACUAUAUAUCAACUACUUCAGCAUUUUAAUGGCAGUCGAUAUUACGCCAAAAUUCUUUCGCCUAAAUGUAGGGCCUUCGGUAUAUACCAAACCUCCCAUAACUUUAAAGUUGUUUGUAAUACGCACGAUCUAGGCAGGCUCGCAAUGUGUACGCUCUUCGGCGAGCAAACAGUAAAGGCGCUGCUGUCUCCAUAUGAAACUCAGUUCACCAGUUUGAUGGAGCGAUUGCGCACAAGCAUUUUUAAUUCGCGCGGCGUGUUUAAAGGUGUCGUUAAUGGUGUGCCAAUAUUCAAACAUCAACUGUUUGUGGAACUGUAUGCGGCAUCUUGGCUAUCGGAAAAUCUUCUAUCGCCCAAGGUAGCGUCCUUUUACCGAACGCAUGUGCACCCAUCGAUGGGAAGGGUGAGAACGCUUUUGGACAGUAUAGUCAUAAGCAAAUGUACAUACUUUGAAUACACGGGAGCGCCGUACGGCAUACGGCGUGCGUAUAGACAGUUUCCACACCAUAUCCAGCCCAAUGUAGUGGAUGAGUUAGGCCAUAGUCCAGACGCGUUGUUUCUGGCAGACACGCUUAGCACGGUGUAUAAUACGGGCGUAGGGGCCAACCAUUUGCUUAAUUGGUUAGAGAUCAUGCAGCAUGCACCAGCGGCCGGUACCCUAUUCAGUACCGUUGUAUUCAAAGCGGCACCGAUCGAUGUUGCGAUGCGACAUGGUUGUGCAGAAGCCACUGAACGGCUUGUCGGUUCAGUCUUUCGUCCCACUGCAUUCGACGAGUACGCGAACGUUCCGAACACCCGCAAAUGGAACGUGCUUAGCCAUUGCCGUACGCUGAUAUGCCGGGACGGUGCAGCCAAGCUGGAGCAGUAUGUUUUCAAACAGCUGUACGAUGAAUUUACCAAGACCUCCUCAUUCGACGGUUGGUUGGGUGUUAACGCCUUUACACAUGUUUUGCAUCCAGACCUUUUCAUGCCUAGGAAAUUUCAUUUAUUCGACACUUGGCGUAUGAAACAGCAGCAAAGCAUCUGGUACCUUUGCUUUUUUAUUGAUGCACCCCAGUUGAUCGGGGACAUGGUACGCACAAUGAAUGUGCUAGAAGGGACAAACGUUGUCACGCGAUUGAAGGAGGUAAAGUCGAAUAACCAGCCGGUAAGGUUGUUGCUCGUUCGUGUCGAGGAGCGUAAUGCUUCGCGCAACCUGAUGAUUUACUUGGCCAAACUGCACGCCACGGUUAGAGAUUUCGAGGCAAAAAAGUACGCUCCAUUGUAUCUGAACGCACCAACAGUGGAAAUCAGUUCAUAUAAUUACGAUAAUUUUAUGGCUAUUAUGGAUAUAUGAUAGAGUGCAAAAACAAAUAAAAUGUUUAUUUUCAACCGAAAAAAAAAACUACCCGUAUCCAUUU